UCGUCCAACUGUAAUCCGAGGGUCCUCCCCCUUCACUAAUGCGGUGGAGUUGCAGUCGGCCUCAAAUUUUUGACCAUUGAUUACUCCACGUCAUAUUGCAGUAGGAAGUGAACCAGAGGUCUGAGGCAGCUCCUUAACCACCGUCGGCUCUGUUUCAAAACUUUCACACCAUGCCUCUCCGUGUGGCAUUGCAGGGUCCCGGCCCCUGGGGGUUCAGGCUGGUUGGGGGAAAGGACUUCGAGCAGCCACUGGCUAUUUCCCGGGUCAACCCCGGGAGUAAAGCAGCCCAAGCAAAUCUAUGCAUCGGGGAUAUAAUUCUUGCCAUCGAUGGAGAACCAACAGAGAACAUGACUCACUUGGAGGCGCAGAACAAGAUAAAGGGCUGCAUAGAGGAAAUGGUGCUCUCCAUAGACAGGUCAGAAACAAAACUGUGGUCGCCGCUGUCAUCUGAGGAGGGGAAGACGCAUCCCUACAAGAUGAAUCUUGCGUCAGAACCACGGGAGGUGAAACACAUAGGCUCGACCCACAACAGGAGCGCCCUGCCUUUCACUGGUUUCGGCCCCAAAGUGGUGACUAACCAGUACAAUAAUCCAUCUGGGCUGUACUCUUCAGAGAAUAUCAAGGACUUCAACUCAGCUGUGGAUGAAGUCAAGACCAUUACUACGGCUAAUGACCCCCCCAACAAUGCUCCAUCAGAGCCAUCAGGUAAGCGACCGCCCAUAGUCGCAGAUUCUGAAGUCUACAAGAUGCUGCAGGAGAAUCAAGAGUCUGACGAGCCUCCUCGACAGUCUGCUUCAUUCAAGGUGCUUCAGGAGAUUCUUGAGACAGGAGACUCGGAUAAACCAUCAGGCUUCAGGAGUGUGAAAGCACCCACAACAAAGGUUGGAGCAUCAGUGGGGAACACGGAGAAGUUACCCAUGUGUGACAAAUGUGGAUCUGGGAUUGUAGGGAUGGUUGUGAAGCUGAGGGACAAGUUCCGUCAUCCCGAGUGCUACACCUGCACAGACUGCAAUGUCAACCUAAAACAGAAGGGACAUUUCUUUGUGGAGAACCAGAUUUACUGUGAGACGCACGCACGCGAGCGAGUGACUCCACCCGAGGGCUACGACGUGGUUACAGUCUUUCCCAAGUAGUUCCCCUCACUGAGCUCGGCCUCGGACUGCACGCCACUAUAGGACACCAAGACAUAAACCGAGACUUACAAUAUUUAGCUAAUGCUACUCGUAAGACUAUGAACUGGUCUCCUUUCACACUAUACUUCAGUACUGUCACUGGUAGGCAGGACAGUAAGGAACUACGUGUUUGAAAAUGUUGAUUUGCACAAAAACUUUGGCCUAUAAGAAAGAAAAACGAGUGAAUACUGUAAGAUGGCAUUUCUUUUUCUUUUUGUAUCAUUUAAAAUAAUUUCAAUGACCGCCACUAUGUUUUGAUACUGUUUGUACAUUUCAGCGUCUUUUGAAUCAUGGAAGCAAAAGAAAGCCAGAAUAUUCCCAUCCCUGUUAAAGGAAAAAAAUGUUUUCUACAGUUUUUAUUGAAUAAAUAAACAUUGUUUUAUACAGCAAAAUACAUUUGAAUAUAAUUGCCAAAUAAAUAUUUUUUAGCUUGAACAAAUUCUCUCAUGUCGUGCUGGUUUAUUAAUUGUCCCUUGGUGCUCCUUUUCUUUUAGUAACACUGAUUGUAGG